AACAUAGUACAUUUUCUACAUCCGGGCAGACCGCGUUGCUAUGGGUGUUUUUAGAAAACAAAGUGGAGCGGCAUCUUUCUUGGACAACUUGAGUCUAGUUUAUCAGCAGUUUUAUUGCCAGUAUUUGACGAGAUACUCAGUAUUUACGUUUGCAUUUAGCCCGAAGGACAAUGUCAAGCGCGGUUUUAUACGAGAUAGGCUGGACUGAUGGCUUUGCUAUUCCUGUUGCAAAUACAGAAAAUAAAGCGUUGCAGGAAGAGAUUCAGAAGAAACAAAAAGAAAAUUCAAUCUUGGAAGCCAAAAUCAGUGAGCAUAAAGAAAAAAUCCAGGCAUUAUCUGACCAUCUCAAAAAUGUCAGACAGGAGCUAUCUCACACCCAGGUGCUCUGUAGAGCGGUUGAGAAGGAGACGGAGUCCGAGGCUCAUUUCAAGGCCCUGGCGGAAAGAGAAAUGGGGCGUCUGAGACAGGAGAUCACUCAGCUGGAGAACGAGCUGGGUGCCCUACGGGAAAGAAGGAAUGCACAGGAGAACAAUAUCUUCAAAGCCACUCAGAAGCUUGAAGAGCUCAAGGGCCAGCUGAACUGGGAUCAGAAGACGCUGGACACCUGGCUGGAAGAAUCAGCUCAAAAAGACCAAGACACCAUGGCCAUCCUCAAAUACGCCCAGCAAGAUGAGGCCAGGAUAAAGGUGCUGACUCUGCGUGUUGAGAAAUUGACUCUGGAGGCCAAUCAGAAGCGCAAGGUGCUGGACAACGAACGGACCGAGACCAUGACGGCUCAGAUUGCGCUGGAUAAGACUGCUGAGAGCUUGCGUCAAGCCCAUGGGGAGCGUCAGGAGCUCAUUCGCCAGUGGGGGAACACCAUUGAGCAAAUGAGAAAGCGGGACCAGGAGCUGCAGCAGUGUGCAUUGCUGCUUUCCCAGAUGAAGCAGGAGGUUCGGGAGAGGCAGGACCGGAUAAAGGAGAAGAAGAACUUCCUGGAAACCCAGGAGGAAAACAACAGGGAGUACGAGAGGAAGAUCACGGGAACAGAGCGUCUGGCCGCCAAACUGAGGGGCGAGCUCCAGGAGCUGGAGGCCAACCGCACGCGACUACAGGACGAGUUGGAAACCUUGAGACGUAACGUGGACCAGACUAACAUAGCUGUAGAGGCUAGGAGGUCCCAGCUGGCUGACUUGAAAAGAGAAAUUCAGGACAAAAAUAACAAAGUGAAGCACGCCAGGCUCCGCAACACAGCUCUGGAGGAGAAACUGGAGAGUGUGACGCAGUCUGCGGUCAGCAUGGAGGAGAGGGCAGCGCAGUUUGAGCAGAUGCUGAUGGAGGAGGAGCAGACUGAAAGAGAGAUUGACUCUCAGCUGCGUGAAAAUCAGAAAGUCCUGGCCCGGGGACGACAGGAGCUACAGACGCUCAAGUCCAAGGAGAAGACCCUAUUGGCCGAGAUCUCUGGGAGCCGCGCCACUCUCUCCAACCUCAACAGCCGGUUGGACAAACUGGAGCACAGCUCUUUGCAACAGCAGGAGAUGAUAUACAAUAAGGACUUCCAGAUACAGCUGCUGGAGAGGAAGCUGUCACGGCUGAGGGGGGAGGGGAACACAGAGGAGGAGCAGGCCCUGAAGAAGAAGGAGUCUGAGCUGGCCGCGGCCCUGGAGGAGGAGAGGAAGACGGCCAAAAUGCUGGCGCUGCAGCUGAAAAAGCUCCAGGAUGAGAUUUACUGUGCUAAGAAAGAGACCGAGAAGACUGGGGCUCAGAAGAGAGAACUGACUGAGAAAAUUGAGGAGCUGAACCUCUUCAAUGACAUCUCUGACAAGGAACUGAACAAACUGCGUUUCAAAAAGCAGGACACCAUGGUGGAGAACAACAUAGUGAAACUGGAGGUGAAGCACAUGAGGGACCUGCUGUACAACAAGGCAGACAGCGUCCUCUCCCUGGAGAAGCAGAGGCUUCAGCUCCAGGCGGCCAUGAGGGAGAGGCAGGUGGAGAUCAAUGUCCACAGGGAGAUGCUUCAAAAACAGAUCAAAAUUGCCGACCAGGAACGUCAGAAACUCAGCGCUGAGGCGCAUGAAAGACUCUCCAAAAUUGACAAGAUGAGGAAGAAGUAUGAGAUCCUCACCAUAUCCAUGGCAGCCCCAGAAGGAGAGGAGGAGAAGUCCCCAGCUUAUUAUGUCAUCAAAGCUGCGCAAGAGAAGGAAGAGCUGCAGCGUAAAGGAGACGACCUGGAUGCCAAAAUCCGUCGGACGGAGAAAGAGAUCCAGGCGCUGGAAAACACCCUCCACGUGCUGAGGAGUCACAACGCCGUGUACCGCAAGGCCUUCGGCAAGGUCACGGAGUCCAGUGAGGAAUAUCAAGAAAAGCUGAAACUUGAGGACCAAAAGAGGGCUGUAGAUGAACUAUAUCUCUAUAAGAGGAGGCAAAUCAGAGAACUUGAGGAAAAUAUUCAGGGCAUGAACAAUACCCUUGAAGACCUGCUGCAGGAGGAAGCCAUGCACCGCAGGAAAACGGACGAAGCUGAAUCACAGAUCCUGUCCCUGAACAAGGAGCUGGGCUCACAAAAAGAGAAGCUGGACAGGGUUACCAAACAGUGCUCCAAGCUGACCAGGGAGAUCCGGUCUGCCAAAAAGACCAAAGGUAAGACGUGGGAGGAGCAUGACAUAGACCUUCGUGAGCUGAAGGAGUUCAACAAGACUGUGAACAAGGUGCUGCUGGAAGCUAUGGAUGGGAACCCUGACCUGAGGUCAGCGCUGCAGGCCUACUUUCAGGAGGCCAGCCUGCCCCUGCCCACACCUGGAUCGGCGUCAGGCAGCAGACAGAGCUCAAAGUCUGCCUCGGUUCGCAGCUCUGUCAGGUCAGCUGACUCUUCGUGUAGCAGCAGCCCUAGAGGCAGCCUACCCUUGCCAACUGCAGUGUCCAUGCCAGCCAGCAGGCAGAGCUCAAAGCCUGCCUCGGCUCGCAGCUCCAUGUCCUCUGCCAGGUUACUGUUGAACCCCUGUGGGUUAGAGCUGUGUCCCGUCAAUGAUGCUUGUCAUCUGAUCAGGUCGUCUGGUUCUUCCUGUGGCAGCGACCCAGGAGCCUCAGCUCUGCAGUCUCCCCAUGUGACCACGGUGGACCUGGGGUUGCAGCUGGCCGUGACGAGCCCUCCGCUCGCCGCCGCCUCUCCGCGGGACUCGAGACGGGGAAGCUCCGCUGCCAGCACCAGCAGCAGCACCAGCAGCCGGAGGUCCCAACGCAAAAGCCCGUAGAGCCUCCCCUUCCCUCCCCGUCUGACUGCUCACAUACUACUGGACUGAAUCAUUUGUCAAAUAGCAGUAAAACCUGGGGGGUAAGAUGUAGGUUUUGUAUCAAUUUUCCGUUUUCUAUGGGAUCAUUUUUUCUUGCCUGUUCCAUCUUGCAGUUUGUGCUCUUCCUUGAAGGCUAUCUAAUGUAGCAUUUCCACGAUUUGCAAGUACAGAAGCCAACAGAUGAGUCUUUACUGCACAUUGGUGGAGUCUGCAAAUCUCUGGAGCAGUGUGUUCAGAGGAGCAGGUAGGUGAACUGCUAAAACUGCAAGUUAAGCUGGUUAUAAUAAUAAUAAUAAUAAUAAACUUUAUUUGUAUAGCACAUUUUUUAAAACAAAGUUUACGAAGUGCUUUACAGAAGAUAGUAAAAAAGAUAGCAAAAUAGCAAAACCAGAAUCGGUUUAAUAAAAAUAAUAUUUAAAAAAACAAACAAAUAAAAAAAAAUAAUAAUAAAUAAAAUAAAAAGAUGGUGGGAACUCAAUUUGAUGAACUAUCAAUUGCUUCAUCAGACUUGUUUCAAUCCCUGACACAAGAGGGCACUCUAUGAUUCAGGAUGUGUUACAAUUUGUCCAUUACAAACUAGACUAAUUCAAAAUAAUGGAAAGGAAAGAUAUACUGCACAAAUCUGGUGGGGUCAUAGGCUAUUUCCUUGCAACCCAAAAUAAUAUCAGGAGAGGUUAGCAAAUGUAAAAUCUGUAGGGUUUCCUUGUUCACUUUUAGUUACUGUAACUAUAACCCAGUCUUGUCUUGAACCAUACACAUCAUCAUGAACCUAAUUUGUGGAAGAGAGCAAGUGUGAGAGAGACUACUAGUAGUAGGAGCUAUCUUGCCUGCUUGCUUGGCUAGGUAGCCAGCAGUAACGUGCUUGCUAGCUAGCAACAGCCCAGACCGGUAUUGUCUGAUUGUUAGUUGUUUCAUCUCCUGAGUCUCUUACUCAGAAGAUGAAAUCAUUGAGGCUGAUAGAGAUUUGACAGCUGUCUGUUCCCCAACACCUGCAGUGUCUGAUGCAGCCAGACUGAGGCCAAAUGCAGUCUCAUAUCAUGGCUGAUUAUUUAGCAUAUCUGGGUUAGUGGUGUUUGUAUGACAGCUUGCUAAAUUAUCUAUUGCUAUGCUUCAUGAUUAGGGAUAUGUCAGUGUUAAAUUAAUUUGGUUUGUUGUUAACUCAACAUUUGCAACAUUUACAUAUAUAUACAGCAUACACUGUAUACUACAGCAUAUGGAGUUUCCAUUGCACUGAUUAACAUCAUGUAAUUUAACUAAAAUAUGUAUAAAACAUAGGACAACAUUUAUUAUGUGUGUACAGCUUUGAUUGCAAUGAUUAAAAUAAUGUACAACUGAAAUCUGCAGAAUAUUUUGAGAAUCCUUUGAUGUGUGUCAAGUUCUGAUUGCAAGGAUUUACAUAAUGUGAUUUCACUGAGAUCUGUUCAAUACAUAGAGCAUCAGUGGAAAUGGGAGGGCGACAGAUUAAUUAAUUCACCACACAAAUGUGCUUUUUAGUAGAUCAUAUAAAGCAAAAUAGUUGUGUCUUGAUUGUAUUCUCUUUUUUUGAGAAAUGAUUUGUCCUGACUAUUAAUAAUCUUGCUCAACUGGAUUGUCGUAAUAUGAUCUCUCUGAGAAAGUCUUUAUCCGACUCAAAUAGACUGGAAGACUGAAAGAAGUAGACUGAAAAAUAUAUGUCUUUGGAUGUGUAUGUGUGUAUGUUCAUUGUUUUGUAAUGCAAAUAUUGAUUGAUUUCUGUAAAAGCUUACUCUGCAUUGAUGUUCCAACAUUAAUUUGUAUCUGGGGGAAAUGUCUUGUUUUGAUGAAAACAUUAAUAAUAUUAAUAUGCUAACAGCAUUUCCUUUUGUCUGAAGAUCAAAGUCUGUGAAAAUGUGUUGAAUUAAAUGAAUAUCAAACUCAUA